AUGAGACACAUCUCCGUAUCUGUAACUGUUGUGUUCGCAGGUCAGAAGAACAAGGAAGAUCUGGGCAUUCUGUACUCCAACAGGGCCGCCAGUUACCUGAAAGAUGGAAACUGCAGUGAAUGCAUCAAAGAUUGCACAAGGUCUCUUGAAUUGGUUCCGUUUGGAUUGAAAGCUCUGCUUCGCCGGGCAUUGGCUUAUGAAGCCUUGGAGAUAUACAGACAGGCGUAUGUGGACUACAAAACUGUUUUACAGAUAGACUGGAACAUACCGGCUGCUCACGAUGGCGUCAACAGAAUGACCAAGGCUUUGACAGAUAUAGACGGACCAUCUUGGAGAGAGAAACUGCCUCCGAUUCCCACCGUUCCGAUGUCUGUGAAAGAAAGCCUGGCACAAGCCGCCAGCCCGGCCUCCAGCCCACAACAAAACAGCGAGAUCGACAACAAGAAAAAAGCACCAGGACCUGAAGCUGCUAAAAAAGCCAAGGCUCUAAAGGAAGAAGGCAAUGCGUUUGUGAAGAAAGGCGAACACAAGAAAGCCGUGGAGAAGUACACGCAGUCACUCGGUCAGGACCCCAAAGAAGUCACAACCUACACAAAUCGGGCUCUCUGCUACCUGUCAUUAAAGAUGUAUAAAGAAGCUAUUAGCGACUGUGAUGAGGGUCUUCGAUUGGACUCUGCCAACAUUAAGGCUUUUUACCGACGUGCCCAGGCAAACAAGGAACUCAAGAACAAGAAAUCUUGUAUUGAAGAUCUCAACAGUGUGCUCAAACUCGAGCCAAACAACGCGGUGGCGCAGAAACUACUGCAGGAAGUACAGCAGAUGAAAUAACCGUGAUUAUAAAGUGAACAUGAGGAAACUUUCCCCAAGUGCCUCAAAUUGAUUUGCCUCUGCAAUGUUUGCUACAGACUUUAGAUAUGCACAUCAUAAUGUUAUUUUAAAACUAGGAAAACAUUUGAGUGUUGAUGUUCAUAUAGACACAUUUGACCGGGUGUAUUGCCAUUAAUAAGGUAAUCAGGUUUCUUUUCUGAAACUCUGUGUCUGAGAUCAAACUUGUUCUGGUAAUUACAUUUGUCCAUGUAAUCAGUAAUGAAUCAUAUGUGAGGUUGAUUUAGCAUGUGAUUUUAAUGUCUUUUUCAUUGCACACUGAACUGAAUGGCUCUUUUUCAGACAAAAAUGUAAUUCCUACUUCACUUUAGAUUGACAACUCAGAAAGGCAGAUAGUAUUUGGGCUGCGUUUUCUACUAAAUGUGUUUAUUUUUUGGCAAAGAUGUUGUAUUGUUGUGGGUUAGUUACUGUCAAAACCAAUUAGUGUUUAUAUACAUUUGUAAAGACUUGGCACCUGUAUUUAUUGAUGUUUCAUAUGCCAUUUUUCAUCAAGACAAUGUAAACAGGUCUUUAUUUUAUUUAAAGUAAUGUGCUGUUAUGCAUCUGAUAAUAAAGGAGAAUGUUCAGGAAUAUUGUAUUUUUUCAUCCUGUAAACUGGCAGAUGUAAUGCUACGAUCAGCGAUGACUUUUUGUAGGAAUUAGCAAUACUAAAAAGGCAAAACAGUAAAUGCUAUGUAUACAGGUAGUAUAACUGAAUGAAAGCAAAAAUACAUGCUGUCAAUUACCAAUUUCAAAUUGUUCCUCAGUUUGUAAGAAACAAGUUAUCUGAACUGUAAACAUGCC